CCGUUGGCGCGGACGAACGUACUUAUAGGCGCCGGCUGUGUUAUUGUGUGCAUCUGUUGAGGAUCGAUACCAGUAAACUUGAGUGCAUUGGUGUUUACGAAAUAAGAGUAGAUGAAUUUGAAAAUAGAAUAAUCUUACUCCCGAAGUUUACUUACUCUCUAGGAUUACGACAAUUCCCAACAUCGAGUCUAUAUUUGGUGCGCUAACUAUGGGAGCCCCUGCGUGGGGGUCCCGCGGCGGCGGCGACCGCCCCCGGCUGCUGCGGAUGACCCCACUGAGGCACAGCUUCGCAGCACCGGCCACGCCGCCCGCGCCACCGCCGCGCACGCACGACUACGCUUCUGAUGCUGAUACUAAUAAGAAAGAAGAAAGCUGGAAUGCGAACCUGUCUCAAAGGUGGAGAAAGUUACGACGUCGCUGCUCAAGACUUCGACCUGGAUCUGGUAACGGCAACCCUGAUCCAAGUCCGGUGCGAUGUUCACCAUCACCACCUAGACCAACAUCACAAUGUUCUCCUGCACCACCUUCAAAGCUCUCCUUCAGGCAUCGAGGCAAAGUGUACACCACCGCUUCAUUACGAGUAACCAGUGGAGCACCGGAUUUACUCCGAGCUUUAGGGAAAUUGGGUGGAGGACUGCGAAGACGAGCUCUAUCCGCGCACGAUGUUCUCGCACCACCACAGCAACAACCUUCAACAUUCUACGUCCCUAGUCCGAGCGCCGUAAGAACACCUCCAUCGCCUUCACCGCCACGACAAAGCGCAACAAUCCGAAGACGAUGUAGCUCUCCAAACGUGUAUAGAGCCAAAGAAGUUCCUCGCGAUCGAACACCGCUAAUAAAUCAAGAAGAUGAAAGCAGAGACGUAGUAGAUUACAGUUACGGAUUAAGUAAGAAAAAUGGCAAAGAGAUCCGAAGUAGGCCGUACAGCGAAAACGUCGAAGUUGAGACUAUGUACAGAAAUGGUUACAACAGGUUAACGUCAGAAGUAGCGGAGAGGUUGUGGGAGGAACCCUACAGGUUGCCGCGUGUACAAGUUCGUCAGGAGCCAGUUCAACAGCUGCGCAACUGUGUCGCAGAGCUAAGAGUGAGCUCGACGCCUCGCUCCGCGCGACCUCCGCCGGCGCCUCCCACGUCCAUACAGAAAACAAGUAAACGACCACCCGCGCCUGAGCCACGUGACACUCACACGUUUGAGGUUCGAUUCACAAAAUCAGCGGGCGGAAAAGGACUUGGAUUUAGCAUAGUAGGUGGAAGGGACUCACCGCGAGGAGACAUGGGCAUCUUCGUCAAAACUAUAUUUAACAACGGCCAAGCUGCAGAAUCUGGCUUACUUCGUGAAGGAGACGAGAUAUUGUCAGUGAACGGUCGCGGCACGGCAGGCCUCGCACACAGUGAAGCCAUCAGGCUGUUCAAAGACGUGCGCGCGGGCCCCGUACUGCUGCGGGUGUCGCGGCGGGCCCCGGCGCGCUGACUGCCCUGCGCCUGCUGCGGGGAACCGCUCCAGGCGCAGUCGAAAACGACACUUUGCAAUUGCACGUUGUAGAGUCAACAUCUCCUGAGGAUGCUCCGGUUUCGGGGUGAAACGUACGUAGAGAGUAUUUUGCCGGACCUGGGUGACGUUGUCGCAUGGGUUCGCCGAAUUUUCGCGGAUGAUAGCAAAAUAAAUAAAUCAUUAUAUAAUAGAAUAAUUAAUUAAAAUGAAAAUGUAUAUCGAUAGUAUUUUGAGGGAAUGUUUUAUAUUGAUGUUACAGUGUGCUUUUAGCACCCGUUUGUAAUACAAGUAUAAUAUAUUACCUACCUGAGUAUGUAUUUAAAGAUCGUGUAAAAUUUAUAUACAUUUAAAUUGUAAAUAUGUUUACUGACUAAAUUAUAUUAUGUACAUUGUAAAUAUUUAGAUUUUACUAUGAAAUAUAUUUGAAAUAAUAUAAUAUUUUUGUACCUAUAAUAAGUUAUCUCCCAAAAUGUUACAACGAAUGAUUCAAUGAAAAAAAGACAAAAUAGAUGCACUUUUCUGUAACGGUAUUUUUAUAACUCGACAGUGUGACAUUGGAAUUCAUAUUUCUCUCUCUCUUUAUCUAUAGUAUGGAGUUAGAAAGUGAGAGAUUGUGACGAAUUCGAGACACUGUCGAGUUGACACAUUGACAAAGAAUAGGAGUAGGUACUUGUACUACUUUACUAUUAUGUAACGAAUUUUAGUAAAGCUUUUGGAUGGAACAACAUACCGGUUCUGUAAAACCGACCUUCAUUUUUAAACGAUAAAAUAUCAUCUGUGAUACUUGCUAUAAUUCAAAGUUUAUAUACAAAAUGUAACGGAACACUUAUUUAUUUUUAUAUAGUAAUAUAACGAUAAUAUAAUUUAAAUAGGUAAUAUAACAAAUAUAAAUGAUUACCUAUGUAUAAGAGACACUCGAUGAAUUAGUCUUUAACACCAAAAUAUGAUUUUACAUGAUAUAAUUUUGUAAGGUUUCGAUAAUAUUCUAAAGUAAGUUGGUGAAAACCAGUAUGCUUAUAUAAUUCAUACAAUACUAAAAAUGCUUGUAAAUUACGCUUAUUUGUCUAUGGUAAGAGAUUAUGAGUAAAUAUACCUACUACCUAGGCACUUAUUUUCACAGGCGAUGCUUCUGUUCUCGUCCAACCCCCUUGGCAAACAGAUUGAGAUAGUUGACCAGAUAGAUCGAUCGAUCGAUCGAUAUAGGACAUAGAGAGGUUCGAUUACUCAAGCCCAAGCAGAGAAAAAAUCCCAUUUUCCAAUGGAAUUAAAUGGAAAAAUUCCAAUAAGUUAUUGUUUUCGAAAAAAUCAACAAUUUUAUUACUUUUUACAUGUUUAUCGAUGUAGCUGUACUUCCUGAUUCGAUUACAUGGGUUACGUGUUCUUGUAAUAUUUCGUAAAGAAUUUAAAAAUUCAUAAAAAGGUUGAUAUUAUUUUGAAGAAGACUACAGCGACGUCAUUCUAAAAGAAGUGCUUUUUUAUUUGAAGUGUAUCCAUUGCUUCAGGACUAACGUCAUGUAGUAGCCAGACCUUCUUCAAUUUAUAAAAUCUAACGGCUAUAUUUAUAAACAUGGAUUAAGAUUUAAUCUCAAUGUAUUUAGAUUUAGGUCCAUUUCACUUUGAAGAAAAUCUAGCUUAUACACCAUAGAAGAGUACUGCCACAUAAGGACAAUGGUGGUUUUACGAGAUGGCGUCUAACAAAGGUGUAUACCUUAAAUUCGUAAACAUAAAAAAAAACUAGUCGAUACCCUGCGGUUUCAUCGGCGUAGUUCCCACUUCCAUGUGAAUACGGGUAUAAAAUAUAGGCAAUAAUACCCACAAAUAACGUGGCUUUCUAGUACUAAAACAAUUUCAAAAUCAGUUCAGUAGAUCCAGAGAUUAUCCCCUACAACAACACAAACAUUACCUCUACAUAAUAUUAGUAUCGAUAAAUGAAUGAAGCGCUUUUUAACCGACUUCCAAAAAGGAGGAGGUUCUACGUUCGACUGUAUGUAUGUUUUUUUAUAUUUUCUUCAGCACUGAAAUCAUGUAACCAGUAGCUAGACGAUUUGCUUGGUUGCAGCUAUUUGCCAGACACGUGUAACCUUAAAGUGUGAUAAAUUAAGACUUUUUUUCGACAUAUGUAGUAGUAUAAGUCCUUAAAGUUAUAUUACUCGAGUAACCACUAGAAUGACUAUUACUGGUAAUGUCCAAACUCCAUAAUUGGCUACGGUACUGUUUACCUAUCGCAAGAGCAUGGAGAGACGAACUUUCAGCUGAUAUAAAACUAGCGGACUCCCGCGGCUUCGUCCGCCCUUAGCCCUUUCGCACGAGAAUUUUUUUAACGGACGUUAAAAAAGCGAUUAAAUAUAGUAAGAAGCUGAAUGAGAGUCUAUUUCCAACGCCUAAAAUUGAAAAUGCAACACUGCAACACUGCUCGAGAAAAAGCGUCGUGCUUUGAAAACGCUGUCGUGUGAACGUAUACGUACAUGGGAAUGCAUUUGUUGUAUUUGAACGCUGUCCGAAAAAAACUUACUUACUUAGACCUCCUUAAUCUGGUCAUGUGGCAAAUUUUAUCUUUCUACGACAAGCGGUUUCCCUUUCCCUUUUAAAUAUUUAGAUAUGACGAAGGUCUGGCGCACCAAGCUCUACUUUUAUUAGUUCGCACAAAUCUAUUAUUGUGACUAGUAAUGUAUAAGUUUUUGCAUUGUUAUGAACGUAAUCAAGCGCGUAUUGUAUUAAAUUGUGAAUAAUAAACGAUGAUAAGCAAGA